AUGCGUCGAAGCGCAGCAUCUCGAGCGCGCUCUGGGCGUGUAUUGCUUGCUAUAUUCAUGCUCGCAAUGUAUUUGUAUACGUGUAUUGUAGCAAUUGAAGAGUACAGUAUGAUGAAGCUACAGCUGCAUACAAAACAGCAGUCACGCAGUGAGCAAACGCGAGCUCGUCGACGAGCACUAGACGAUAUCGAUAAAGGAGAUACGGACUUUGUAUCGGGUGAAUUUGCAUUGAGUGAAUCUUAUUUGGGUGUAGGAUAUGGGACUCACUACGCUGAAAUGUACUUGGGUAUUCCAGCACAACGUGCUUCAGUGAUUGUCGAUACUGGAAGUCAUUUUACAGCAUUGCCUUGUAUCACGUGCAAUGACUGUGGAAAACACACGGACCCGCCGUAUAAUGUAUCCAAGUCAACGACGGCAACAUACUUGGCUUGCAAUGAUUUUGAUUCAUGCCGUUCGUGUGAACAAGAACGUUGCUAUGUUAAUCAGAACUACGUGGAAGGCAGCAUGUGGCAAGCUGUUAUGAUCGAUGAGUUGAUAUGGUUGGGAGGAUUAGCAUCACUUAGUGAUGAAGUCGAAGGAGUGAUGAAAACAUUUGGGUUUCGAUUUCCAGUUGGCUGUCAGACCAAAGAGACUGGUCUGUUUGUUACUCAACAGGAGAAUGGCAUUAUGGGUCUUGGGCGUCAUCACUCGACCGUCAUGUCGUACAUGCUGAAGGCAGGUCGUGUGAAACAUGAUAUAUUCACUCUGUGCUUUGCUGGAGAUGGAGGUGAGCUCACAUUUGGAGGAGUGGAUUACAGCCACCACACGAGUGGUGUGAGUUACACGCCGCUGCUUAACGAACACUCUGUUACGUAUCUAGUCCACGUAAGGGAUAUUUUGGUGAACGGAGUGUCAUUAGGCAUUGACGAGAAAACGAUCAAUUCCGGCAAAGGUGUGAUUGUUGAUAGCGGAACAACGGACACAUUCUUUGACGCUGGAGGAAAUCGCCGAUUUAUGAAAGCGUUUCGACAUGCUGCAGGCGGUCGAGAUUACAGUGAGAAAGUUAUGAAACUUUCUCAGGAUGAGUUGGCACGUCUCCCAGUUAUUUCGAUUGUACUCUCUGGAAUGAAAGGAGAUGGCAGUGAUGACAUACAGCUUGAUGUCCCUGCGUCAAAAUAUCUCAUAUCAUCUCAUGACGGUGUGUCAUACUACGGCAAUCUUCAUUUUUCAGAGCGUAGUGGUGGAGUUUUGGGUGCAAGUGUUAUGAUUGGUUUGGACGUGAUAUUUGAUGCGGAAAAUCAGCGUGUCGGCUUUGCAGAGUCACAUUGUGGGAAAGCUCACGUAAAUACAAUUAGUGAAUCACCGGAUACUGUCGAUCCGUUCAUAUCCAAAACUGCAGCACCAAAUGCUUCAAUUGCAAUUGGAGAGACAAACGGUUCGAAUGUAAGCUCUAGCAACAGUUUGGCUGUGGUGUUAAUGAAUCCAACAGCAACUCCAGUACCGGAUAAUGCUACUGUUGGCAGUAUCGACCCAACCACCAGUUCAUCUGCCGAUGUGACAACGCAGCGAGAAAGUCCCAACUUCGAUGUCUCAACCGCGGAAGCUAUCCUCAUUUUGCUUGUGAGCGUGGCACUUGGUGUCAUAGUCUGGACAAAGUGGCGUAUGCGCACUUGGUCUCGCAUUCCGAACUACACAUCGCGUGCGCAUAUGGAAACGAUUCUACACAGCAAUGAAACCACAAGUCAACCGCUGUCGUCUGGUGCAGAAGAAAGUCUGCUAUCUCCUCGAUCCCGAGCAGCUAAGAUAAUUCAGUCGUCAAAGUUUAUUAAUGGCUCAAGUGAAGAAGAAGAUGAUGAUGAUGAUGAAUAA